GCCAGAGGAGAGUGGACCUGAGCGUAGCCCCUGCUCCGGACGGGAGCUGCGAUGGCACAGGCGGUGGGCGGCGCCCUCGCGCACCGAUGGCCUCUCCGCGGAGCCAACGUUUCCAUGGAGGAUGCUGGCAAGGACGCCACCAGAUUCACUGCCCGCUGUCUGCCCAGUGACCCCCGGCUCUUGGCCACCGUGACCAACGCCUACUUGGGCACACGCGUGUAUCAUGAGACACUGCAUGUGAGCGGCGUGUACAAUGGGGCUUGGGGGGAUACGCACCGGGCCAUUCUGCCCAGUCCCCUCAAUGUCCAGCUGGAGGUCCCUGCAGGAUCAGGAGAGCAGCUGACCAAGACCUUUGUCCUGGACACUAACACAGGCUCCUUUCUGCACACCCUGGAGGGCCCCAGCUUCCGGGCCUCCCAGCGCAUCUAUGCCCACCGCACGCUGCCUCACGUCCUGGCCUUCAGUGUGUCCAUCACCCGCUUGGCUACAGGGAGCUGGCCCAUCACUGUGCUGCUGCAGUCAGCCUUCUCCCCAGAAAGCCCGGACCUGGACCUGCAUCUGGGUCCUGACUUCCAGGGAGCCCGGUACCUGUACGGCCACACACUCACCCCCGAGCAGCCUGGGGGGGCACGGCAGGAGGUGCACAUGCUGUGGACGCCGGUGCCCCCAGCCUUGACCCUUGGGGAAGGGGAGGAAGAUGGGAUGUGGGAGUUCCUGACGGUGGUGGGUGGCAGCCAGGCCGAAGCCCAGGCCUGCCUCGCCGAUGCCCUGCAGCUGCAGGCCAGGCACGCUCUGUACGUGGCCCACGCGCAGGCCUGGGCCCAGCUCUGGGCAGGCUGUGGCCUGGAUGUGGAGGGGCCCCUGCGUCUGCGCCAGGCCCUGCGUGGAGCUCUCUACUACCUGCUCAGUGCCCUGCCCCAGCCCGGGGCCCCAGGAUACGUCUGCCACGGCCUCAGCCCAGGGGGCCUCUCCAACGGGAGCCGUGAGGAAUGCUACUGGGGCCACGUCUUCUGGGACCAGGAUCUCUGGAUGUUCCCCAGUAUCCUGCUGUUCCACCCAGAGGCCGCCAGGGCUCUCCUGCAGUACCGCAUCCGGACGCUCGGUGGGGCCCUGUACAACGCCCAGAACCUAGGCUACCAGGGAGCCAAGUUUGCCUGGGAGAGCGCGGGCUCCGGCCUGGAGGUCUGCCCUGAGGCCAUUUACGGGACCCAGGAGAUCCACAUCAACGGCGCCGUGGUGCUGGCCUUCUGGCUGUACUACCACACCACCCAGGACUUGCAGCUCUUCCGCGAGGCUGGGGGCUGGGAUGUGGUCAGUGCCGUGGCUGAGUUUUGGUGCAGCCGUGUGGAGUGGAGCCCUGGGGAGGAGAAGUUCCACCUGAAGGGAGUCAUGCCCCCUGACGAGUACCAUUCAGGGGUCAGCAACUCCGUGUACACCAACGUCCUGGUCCAGAACAGCCUGCGCUUUGCUGCUGCCCUGGCCCAGGACCUGGGUCAGCCCAUCCCCAGCCAGUGGCUGGUGGUGGCUGAUAAGAUCAAGGUGCCCUUUGACCCGAAACUGAACUUCCACCCUGAGUUUGAUGGGUACCAGCCUGGAGAGGAGGUGAAGCAGGCAGAUGUUGUGCUCCUGGGGUACCCCGUCCCCUUCCCCCUGAGUCCUCAAGUUCGCAGGCAAAACCUGGAGAUGUAUGAGGCUGUGACGUCCCCCCAGGGCCCUGCCAUGACCUGGAGCAUGUUUGCAGUGGGCUGGAUGGAGCUGAAGGAUGCUGGGCGGGCGUGGGACCUCCUGGAGAGGAGCUUCGCCAACGUCACAGAGCCCUUCAAGGUGUGGACGGAGAAUGCAGACAGGUCGGGUGCCGUGAACUUCCUGACAGGCAUGGGGGGCUUCCUGCAGGCGGUGCUCUUCGGGGUCACGGGGUUCAGGAUCACUGAGGCCGGUUUGACCUUCGACCCCAUGUGUCCAGCGGGGGUCUCCGGAGUGUGCGUCUCUGGCAUCUCCUACCAGGGGAGCAAGCUUGACUUUUCCUUCUCUGAGGGCUCUGUGACAGUUGAGGUCACUGCCCGGGCAGGGCCCUGGGCCCCCCUGCUGGAGGCUGAGCUGUGGCCAUCACAGAAUCGGCUCCCCCUGUCCCCAGGACACAAGGUCUCCUUUCCCUGCUCAGCUGGCCGGAUACAAAGGUCACACCUGUAGGAAGCAGGGGCAGCAAGUUCUGCUCCAGAGUUUCCUGGGAAGAUUUUUUGAAGACAUUAAACAUCUGCACAGAGCCCACAGGACCCCCUCUGGGACACCCUUGGGCCCUCCAGCCCCACCGAGUCCCCCCCCGCCCCUGGCCCAGUCCUGCCCCCUCCCCCAAAACGACCAGGGCUAUUGGCUUCAGGGAUGUCUCUCAGGUCCUCCCCCUCCCUCUGCGGGUGCCCCCGCUGGCUGCACCCACCCCUCCUCAACGCCCUCCCAGCCUGCCGCCCCCUCCCACCCUCCUCCACAUGGCAGCCAGGCUCACGGGUUCCAAGGAAAGUCUGGAUUCUUCGGCCUAAGUUCAAGACUCUGCCUCUAGCCUGA